AUGGAGAUGGCAGACCAUGUGUCACCGGACCUUUUCAUCGCUUGCCUGGCGGGUGAGAAAGGAAAUGUUGGCAGGAUAGCGGACAUCGUGCGCACUGCUGAGCACACUGUUUGCAACUUGCAUGAGCUUCGCUUGAUCUAUUCUUCGGCCAUGGACGUUUAUCCGAAGGUCGAGGAUGCCGGCUAUCGCGAGCUCUGUGUCAAGUACAUGCAGGUGCUGUGCGAGCUGGAUACCAACGAAGCACGCGAGUUUCACAACAGACAGCGUGCCUUCGGCAUCACCAGCGAUGCACGGAUGUACGAAGCCCGUGCUCGCUUGGAGGAGCGGGAAGGGGACACAGCCAAGGCUUUGAAGAUCCUGCAGGAAGGUCUUCGCAUCGGAGCGGGGCCUCCUGACAGAUUGACAGCUCAGAUCGCGGCCUUACACAUGCGGCGAUCGAAACACUGCGAUGCAGAGAUCCAGCAAAUAUUGGAGCCCCUGGAGGCUCAGACGGAAGUACAUGAUACCAUCAUGGAAAUUGAGGCAGAAAGCGUUCCGCCGAUUCGGAGGGUGCAUGAGACACCGCUCAUUAAGAUGCGAUCAUGGGCAGAAGGCUGGACUCAAACAGAGGUGGCAGUUGACACCGGGAUGCUAGGCAACCCUUCGGCCGACAGAUGUCUGCAACGAUGGUUGCGCGUUGAAUGCAGGCGCUGCCUGCUGAAGUGCUUCGGUGCUUGGAAGCGACUGGUGGACACAUCUGCCCAACUGCGGCGCGAAGCAUUGUUUGAUGCUCUGCGUGGACAGUUAAACUCAGCCCAACGGCGAUGCCGAGCAGCGGAGCUUUGCCUCGCCAAGGGUCAGUCAGAGGCAGGUGCGAUCUGCUUGCGAGCGGGGCUCCGAGCGUGGAGGUCACUUGCCAAGUUCUGUAGGCAGCGGGCGAAGCUCGCAGAUGCAGCAUAUCAGGAGUUCGUGCGACGGUCGGCAAGCCUUAUUCUUUGGGCCUGGAGGACAUGCCUUUCUUCCCGGGCCGGGGAUGUCGAGAACUCGCAGCAGCCGGAGAACACAGCCUUGGAUUGCCUGUUGGUGGACUUCUGUAGCAGCUUAGAGGACAGGACCGAAGAGGUUCAUCAUCAGACAGACCUCUGCGAGAAGCCUGCGGCAGGCAAGCCAAGCGGUGUCGCGGACCUUGCUUCUUUCGAGCGGCAGCCGCUUGCGAGUGUCGCUAUACAAAAUGCUCGCUACUCGUUGGCAGAUGCAGAGGAUGCGAAGCGCAUGCGGGGACCUGAGCGGUUCUUCUACGACACAUCCAGCUAUACUGGUUGUGCCAGGCGAAAGCACGGUGCGCUGCUUCCGGCUCUGCUGGUCGGCUUGACAGCUGCGAGCAUCGCAGGGUGGUCCUUUGUCCAGGUCUCCGGCCGUGGAAGCGGUGGAGCGGAGUCUCGCUGUGUGCGAUGUGCCGCGAUGGAUGCAGAGAGCAACGCUGCGACCACAGGUGCAAAGACAGAGAGCCUGGACAUGCCGUCCUUCGAGCCCAGAGAUGUCGGCAGUGCCGAGCAGCUGAUGCUAAGCCGCAUGCCAGCGGGGCACAUGAUCACCACGCACACCUCCUUGGCUUUGUUGGAGGGACAGGUAGACGUCGAGCUGCUCAAGAAGGCUCUUUCUUGGGCGAUUCUGCGGCACCCCAUGAUGCGGGCGACAGCACGUGAACCAACGGUGCUCGGCAAAGACACAGGACCCUUUUUUCACGGAGGCCAAGACGGCAGGUGGCGCUGGGAACCCACAGCUCUUAGCAAGGAAGAGCUCACCGAACGUGGCCUCAUGGUCGAGGAUGUAAGCGGGGACUUUGAUGCAAAGUGCAAAGCACACUUUGAGCAGUCCUUGGACAAGACAACCUUCGACUUUGAGAAUGGCCCGCUGUGGAAGCUCAGAUUGCUCCGUCAACCAGGUUUCCGAGGUCCCCGUGGUGGACGCAGUGCGUUGCUUUUCAGCUUCGUCCAUUCCAUUGAUGACCAGAAGAGUGCCAACAUACUGCUGCACGAUCUCCUCUCCCACAUGGAGGCCGCUGAAAAAGGCGACCCAAUUGAGGAUCCCAAGCCUGCAGCGUUGCCAGCUUCCCUGGAGGACGUUUUCCUUCAGGAUGAGCUGGACGUCCAGAAAUUGGCGGGAUAUGCUCUCUCACAGGCGAGUGCUGGCGCGGUGCCCUUCAUGAAAGUUCCUUCCGCACUUCGUUCAGCGGAACGAAAUGUCCGGAAGAACUUCGGGCUCAAUCCGGCUCAGCCUGUAGCACAGGAGAGGAACAUGACGGUACCCACAGCUGCCGCAGAAGGGAACGCCAAGCUGCUGAUGGCAGAGGCCGUCUCGUCGGAGAGCGACUUCUGGUCUGAAAGCCGCAAGAAUGUCGUGACCUUCCGAAGCCUCCCUGCGGAACAUCUUUCGCAACUGCGGCAGCUGUGCAGAGAGAACAAUGUCACCAUGUCCAUGGCCGUUGCAGCAGCCGCUUUACUUGCCACCAGCGACAUCAGCAACGACGAUAUGGACUUCGCAUACGAAGCUUAUCGUAUGCUGCUGGGGGUCGACAUGCGCCGUUUCGCCCCUGGCGGAGACUGGACGGAGGGAACCAUGGCCUAUGCGUCUGGUGCGCUGGACUUCACGCUGCGAUUGCUACCAAAGAGUGGCCAAGCUUAUGCUGCAGAGCAUGAGAAUGCAAGCAUACGUUCGAGAAUAGGAGGCGUUCCAUUUUGGGAGCUGGCGCGAGCGGCAGACUUCGCCGUGCGCGAGUGGGCAGAGAAAGGAUAUGCAGCCGAAUCCACGCGGCUUUUUGACAUCGGGAUUCGCCUUCUGCGAAUGGACAACAUAAUCCGGGAAACGGCCAACGAUCCAAGUACUCUGGGUCGCGCCUACUCGGUUACCGUGUCCAACGCCGGGAUAUAUAGCCAGGGGCCUGACAAUGGCAGCUACGGUAGCCUUCGACUAGACAAGAUAUUCUUUGGCAUUUCUACAGCCAUCAGUGGAUCCAUGAUGUCGGCUUCCUGCCUGACAGUCAACGGAGACCUUCUGAUCACUGCUCACAGCGCAGCUCCCGUGGUGAACCGCUCGGACAUGGAGACUUUUGCAGACUCCAUGAUCCGAUCACUGAGCGUUGCUGCAAUGGAAACCGCACCAAGAAAAAGCAUGGGGACUCCGCCGGUAGAGAACCCAAUCGAUCCUCGUGGUGGCUUGCCAUGGUAUUAUCUGCUGGAGACACCGAAGGGCACCCUCCAAUGCCCCAAGUAUGAGGAUGUCAGGAGUCCAACUUUGCCUGCUUUCAACGUGGAUAAAUAUGUUGGAGUGUGGUAUGAGCUCGCCUUCCAUGACAUCACGCAGUGCAACGGAUGUGGUUGUACUCGCUUCAAUAUGACACGGCAUGGAAACAUAAUUGAAGACAUGUUUACAGUGACAUGUCCGUGGCCCUGGAAGAAGGGUGUUGAUGGCCCGUGGCUUCCAGGCUACAAUGCGAAUGGAAACAGAAGGAUGAACAUGUGGACCUGCAACAUGACCAUGUACUACAAGCCGGCCGAGCCGGGGGUCAUGUUGGAAACUGGCUUUGGCCAAGAGUUCGACAACAUGGUACUGGAGAUUUGGAGCGAUCCAGAGAUCACGGCCGAGACUGGCUACGAAUACACCCGGGCCAUACAGUUCCAGUGCUUAGGUUCGGAGCAAGAUGGCAUCACUUUUACUGGUAUCAACUUUCUAUCCCGCGUACCCAUCGUCAAGUCAUCCAUGCUGCAAGAGAUGUUCAACCGGGCUCGGGCGCUGGGUCUGGAGCCCUACGGCUCCAACGACAUGCACGUCGUGGAGCAUGCUGGGUGCAGAUAUCCGCAGAGCACCGAUGAGACAUGGAUGGGAGAGCGUCCAGAGUGGCCUUUUCCUGUAUUCGCAGGCGAUUUCGGAGCUCAGAUCUGA